AUGAAAGGAGCAAUAUUUUCUGUGCUGUUCGUUGCUGUACUUGUUCAUGGAGCAGCCGCAGCUGGGAAUGAUGAUCCCAGCCAAGCUCCAAGAAUUUGUGCCGCUACCAACGCUACCAACGUCUUAGUAGCUCAUGAAAAUUGUAACCAGUUUUACAAGUGCUUAAAUGGUGUUCCUACAACCAAAUCCUGUCCAUCUGAUCUUUUGUUUGAUCCCAGUAAAAACAGAUGUGAAUGGCCAAGUUCUGUGAACUGCGGUAACAGAAUAAUUCCAGUUAGAGAUGAGUCACAGGGUGCCGCUGUUGUAUGUGCUCUUCCAGGAGCAGACAACAGCUUUGUUGCUCACGAAUUCUGUGAUAGGUUUUACAAGUGUUUUGAAGGAAGACCCGUAGCUUUCUCAUGUGGUUUUGGUACCUUGUGGAACGCAAAGGAACAAUACUGUGAUUACGCAAGAAACGUAGACUGUGGCAAUAGGAAUCUUUCUGGCAUUAAUGUACCACAAUUCCCAGUCGGUAACAACCACGACGAUCCUAGUCUAGCUCCACAGAUUUGUGCCGCUGCAAAUUCUGCUAACGUGUUAGUAGCUCACGAAAAUUGUAACAUGUUUUACGUGUGUCUACAUGGUGUACCACUACCACAAAUAUGUCAAGCUGGUCUUUUGUUUGACCCCAGUCGAGACAGAUGUGAAUGGCCCCGUAAUGUAAAUUGCAGGAACAGAAAUGUAUAA